AUGAACAAACACCAAAAAAAUAAUUUUCCAUUCCGAUCCAAGAUUUGUCAAACGAAUCAGUCAGCACAGAAAAAAUGAAUCACAUGAUGCUGCUUCUUCUUCUUCCACCGCCAUCUCCGACCAUCUGAGAUCCAGUUCCAUCAAUGGAAGACGCCGAGGAGCAGGAGAAGAAGAAGGAGGUCAAUGCCUCCCAAGGAGAAGCCCCAAUGCUGGAAGAAAACCCCAAGAUCUCCAUGGAUUUGGAGUUCACCAGUUGCUUGCUCCAACCUCCCAUAGCUCAUCACGAUCCCAACUACGUCGCCCUCCGCCGCCUCCUCCUCCGUCGCAAAGCCCUCUCCUCCCCCGACGCCAUAUCUCGCCGCAAGGAGUGGCGAUGCAAUGGAAGAGGAUAUGUGGCUUAUCGGAACUUCAUCAGCAGGCCUAAGAAUUGGGAGAGCUUCAAUGUUGCGAGCCGGAGCAGCACCCCUGGGCAUAGUGGUAGAUGGACUCCAUUGCCAGGUCCCCAGUCUAUCAUGUUUGAAGUUGAUAGUUCGAGUUCUAGCAGGGAUUUGAGAGGUUACAGUCAGGGUUUUAGUCGCGAGGCAAGCUUUAACUCUAGUGUUAAUGAUGCUGAUCGGCACCUUCGGGUUGUUGAGCAUGCAUAUUCGUUUGUUGGUAUGCAUUGUAUAUUUGACAGCUGCAAAGUUUCAGUCACAAUUUUGAAGUUUGGGCACAUGAGAUCUGAUUUGCUUGCGUAUGGUGCGUCUGAUGGAAGCCUAACGAUAUGCUGUGUUUCGGAGCCUCCAGCAAUUCUUCAUCAGUUAAAGGGGCAUUCUAAAGACAUCACAGAUUUUGAUUUUUCAUCUAAUAAUCAGUACAUUGCUUCAUCAUCAAUGGAUAAAACUGUUCGAGUCUGGGACGCAUCCCAAGGUCAUUGCAUACGAGUUAUAUAUGGAGUUUCUUCACAAUUAUGUAUACGUUUCCAUCCGGUGAACAACAACUUACUAUUUGUUGGCAAUGCGAACAAAGAAAUCAGUGUUAUGAAUUUUAGUACUGGACGUGUCAUUAAUAAGGCUGUUUUUGAAAAUGAAAUAACGGCUAUGGAUAAUGAUCAUACUGGUCAGCUCAUUUUCUCUGGAGAUGCACAGGGAUGCAUAUACACUGUUAGUGUGAAUUCACACACAGGGUCAAUAUCCAGGUCUCAUCGAAAUAGAAAUGGCAGGAGCAAAUGCUCAAUCACCACCGUACAGUAUCGUACAUACUCUCUGCUGGCAAGAUCUCCAGUGCUUCUUGCAUGUGCUCAAGAUGGAAACCUGUAUUUCUUCAGCGUUGCUUUGGAGAUCAAAGGAUAUCUGACACUCCUUUGCUCACUAAAAUUAGCACCGCAGGUGCACAGCAUCCGAGCUUCUUUCUGUCCUCUUCUUUCCCUGGAGAAAGGGGAAUUUAUUGUUUCGGGCAGCGAGGAUUCAAAUGUGUACUUCUACGAUCUGACAAAGCCAAAGAACACAUGCGUAAAUAAACUUCAGGGACAUGGUUAUCCUGUUAUAGGAAUUGCUUGGAAUUACGGAGAGAACCUGUUGGCUUCUUCCGACUCCAAUGGAACUGUAAUUGUCUGGAAGCGAGCAAAGAUGAGUUGAGUUUAAUCCAGUGACGAUCAUUAUGAGAACUGUUACUUAUCAUAGAUAACGAGAAGAAAGAAGAUGGUGUUAGUUAUAUACAGAAAAGUUGCAUGUUCUUGCGUUU